AUGGAUAUAUUACAUGCCGUACAGGCAUCCCAGCCAUCGCCAUCAAUCGUCCAGCAGUACCUCGCCCAAUUAUGCCACGGGGAUGUCGUUGACCACCGCAGCGGCCUCGUUGGUAGGCUUUGCGCCGAAUGCAUCGCUGUUUUCCGAGAGACCUUGAGAGCCAUCUCCAAGGAGAGGGAGGCUCUAAACGGAGGCGAGGCUUAUACCAGCCUCGAGAGAAGCUACGGCCGCCUCAGGCUUUGGUCCGACGGCCACGGGAUCGCAGCGGGAAAGUUCGACGAGGUUUUUGACAGGUCGAAGGGCCUCCGGUAUACGAUUCUAAAGCUGUUGACAAGGCUCAUCCCGCUUGCCCUCACAGGGCAUGGUACCUCGGCCCCCGCUCUCUCCAAAGGCAUCCAUCUCCUCAGGGAGCUUCAAGAUGUCGUCCAGUCUGUUCAGAGCGAUGACUUCUCCGAUAGCUCCUCUGCUGACCUUAGCUCGGACACCAUCGGCGAUGUGAUCGAGGAUCUGAAAAUAGACACUACAUGUCUCGCGGAUCUGGAUCAUCUGCUGAAGGAUCCUAUCUUGGAGAUUGAUAUCGAGCAGGCAGCACCUGCGGAUCGACUUCUUGAUUGGCAUCCAGACAGCGUGUACAGUCACAAAAUUGGCGCCAGGUUUCCUCAGGCGGACGUCUCUCUCGUCGAGUGGCUGGGAAAGGCCAAUUACUUGCGGUACCUCAGAUGUCAGCAUGCAAGAGAAACAUGCGAAAGCGCUGCCACGUAUGUGGCUGCUCCAGCCCAGUCCGAGACAGCAAGCUCCAAGUUCAACGAUUCCGGCCUUGGCAGUUCUCUUCCAUCAACCACAUCCUACGCCGAAACGGUCAUGUCAUACGGCGGAAGGGGCAGCCAGUCAGUGAAGAUUCCGCCUCUAACAGCUGAAGCAAAGGCCGGUGUACCAUUUUCGUGUACUGCGUGCGGAAAAGUCGUCUCUAUCACAAGCAACAGCAUGUGGAAGAAGCAUCUGUUCGAGGAUCUGCGACCUUGGUUAUGUCUCGACAUGGCAUGCCCCUCCUCGCAAUCUCCAUUUGAAACUCGCCAGGAUUGGGCCUCCCACCUAGCUCUCGACCACAAGCUGGAUCCCGAAUGGGCGUCCUUCAGCUGCCAGCUCUGUCUCGAACCGACUGGGUCCGGCCGGCUCGCCAUCACAAAACAUCUAGGAGCGCAUCUAGAGGAAGUCUCGCUUGCUGCCAUCCCUUCGCAGCUGGAUUUCGACGACAACUCUGACCAAUCACGACCUUCCUCGAGCGCAGAUGGAGAGGAUCUAGAAGACGAAGCAGUCGAAUCGGCAGCUAAAUUGAAGCACGCAGAAAGUAGCGCACCUUCAUCUGCCCGGCCGCAAACGGCAGGCGAGUGGCUCCGUGACUUCGAAAAGCGGGCUGAGUUGAAUGAGGAGGAAGAUGGUGAAUCCUCAUCAGUAAGGAUGCGCCGGCUCGCGCUGCUGAGCAUCGCCACCAAGGAGGCAGGCAUUGCCGCUGGGCUUAGGGAUGCAAAAGAUUUUAAGAACGCUCAGAAAGCGUAUCUCAGCGCCAUGGACAUCCUUGGCCAAACGCUCGCAAUAACAAAGGGCGCGAGGCAGAAGGAAAAUCUUCAAUCUCUAGGCCAGGCCUACGCCACUCAGUGCAUGACACUCGAGGAAGACAUACGGAUUGCUAGCCAAGCGCAUGGUGAGGGGGGAAAUUUGCAGUCGACCUUCCGCGAAUCACCCAAGCCGGACCAGGAGCUGUCCAAGCAGCAACAGCUCCUAAAGCCCGCCCGAAAACAUUCUGGGGAGGAGGACACUACGUCGGAGACUUUGCAGGGCGGCGGCGGCAGCACCGUCAUCGCCACCACCACCGCCAGCAGCGUCAACAGCCGUACCACUGUCACAAAUACCACCAAAAUCAGCGCCACCGCCAGCACCAGCGGCACCAGCGGCACCAGCGGCGGCAUCUACGGCUACGCAGCCCACAGCCCGAGCAGCACCAAAAAAAAUGGCGGAGGCACAGGCGCCAGCAACUCUAGAGCAACCACGACACCAGUUGAUACCAGCACUGCAAGUGGGACUCUUCAGCAACCAAUGAUUCUGUGGCAGGAAACGCGCAAGCCCCGCUUCCUACGUCGGAUCCGGGAGUUUGAGGACUUCACCCAGAUCCUCGACGACGAGAGCGAGGAUGAAGACGAUAACGGCGAUCUCGCGGCUGACCUCAAGGCCAAACUCAAAAAAGGGGCGGCCGAAGAUACAGAGAGCGUUGUUAGCGAGAACUCGAACCUACACGCCGACGGAAGUGACGCAAACCAAAAUAGGUAUACAGUGAAGCCCGUAGACGCGUCGCCACAGCCUCCUCCAUCAAUGGGCGCUAUUAGCUUUGCCUAUGAUUACGCGUCGCCGCUGCGUCCUCCAUCAAUGGCCGCUAUUAACCCUGCCUAUGUCAUCGAUGGCCCGCAGUACCGAGGGAGGCAGAAGUCGCCUUCUGGCCCAAACCAGGAGGUGGCCAGCGACCUUGAUCUAUCUCCUCGUGGACAGGGCCUUCCCAUCCCCUCGCCGCCAGUUGGCUCCGCGACCGAUGCUUCUAGCGAGCUGUUCGAGGGCAGAGAACAUGCCAGAACACGGGCUAAAUCACCCGCUGAAGCGGCCUCGAAACGAGAAGCCGAGGUUUCUACGUUUGCCGACCCCGAGCGUGAGGACCAAACCGAGGCUGGUGCCACUGAAGCGCCUCAGACGCCGGUGAAAAGGAUGCGAACAACCAAGCCCAAGACCAAAACGGGCUGCAGAAACUGCAGACAGAGGAAGAUCAAAUGUGACGAACAGCGGCCCGCAUGUACCCAGUGCGUCCGCUCGCGCAAGGAGUGCACCGGAUACAUGCCCCAGGCAAAUGUAGAGGAGAAGGCCAUAGAAAAAGCCUCCGAGGCUGCGCCGGCGGCCGAGCCCAGGGCUCGUCCUGGCGCCAACAUAUCGGCCAAUCACCCGGGUCUGACUUUUGGCGUAAGCAACCUCCGACGCGGCGGCUACCCUCCAACACAAUACCACACGACCAGCAAGCCCUCACCCUCAGUAUCGCGGCAGCACGCAUCGCCAUAUCAUACGCGGGCGUACGCUCGGCAGGCCCAGCAGAGCGGUUAUCCUCACCACAUAUUCUCCACAUCCGCCUCGCCCAUCCCAACCGUCCAAAAUGCCGCCCAGCAGCAGGCCACAGAAAAGGCCUUCAAGGCUGCGCCAGUAGCCGAGCCCAAGGCCGGUACUAGCGCCUCUGACCGGACGGCCAAAGAAGCUGGCGCCUGGAAGGAGGCAUAGGAGGCUCGCGCCAGAGGAGAGAAAGCGCCGACGCAGGCCAACUUUCGGGCUCUGGAAGAGGCGGGCGAGAGAAAAUGGGUAGACACAAUUGUAUAUCAGUGCCCACGCAGCUACUAUCUCCAAACCCCUGGUCAGAAAGCAAUGGCUUUCAAGAGCCUUCCGUUCGUACUAGAACCCAAAUUCCGGAAUUGGCGGCAAAAGUUUCAUCAGUCGUAUUGGCACCGUCAACUUCUAAUUGCGUCGGCAGUGGCUGCAUGUCACCAUAUAUUUUUGCCCCCCAGACUUCAGUCAUGCAAGGACUACGUGCUCUUUACCCACAAUCCACAAGCCCUUUCUCGCGCAUAGCCCCUUAUUUGGGUUGGCAACAGAACACUCGCG